GCGGGACGUCAUUGAAGGCGGUAAAUGCGAGGUAUUUGGUGAAAAGAACAUCCUGAAUGGAAUGAUCUAGUUGGAACAUGGCCCCUGGAAAAAGCAUAAAGUACUUGGAACUGGUGCUGUCCUGCGAGUGGGAUGGUUGUACCUUUGUUGGGAAGACGAUGGAGGAGUUCUGCGACCACAUAGCUGUGCACUUGAAAGAACAUGUCAAUGAGUAUGACAGCUUCGGAGAUUUAGAUGAGUACCAGUGCCUCUGGAGGGGCUGUGGCUUCCUGGCUGUAGAAGGCCCCAAUGAGCUGGUGGUGCAUGUAAACUUCCACAGCUAUCAUGCUAAGCUGAAAUAUUUUGGCUUGGAGCUGCAGCGCCUACGUCCAGAUCUUCCUGUGUGUUCUCUGGACAACCAGAACCAGAACUUGAUUCCAGAAAUUGCAGAAACCUUCACCUGUCAGUGGGAGCAUUGUGAU